AUGGUCGAGACGGCGCAGCCUGCAAUCGGCCGGCCUCAGCGCUCCAACUCGUUAGAGAAAGGUGCUGCGGUGCUGCGUGCGCUUGCGCGCACGCCUUCCUACCAUGAGGCGGUGCAGCAGCUGCCGAGUGGUGCGCCCGUGGUGGCCGAGCCCAGCGAUGUGCGCGCCGCCUCUGCCACGCCGAAGCGCAACGGGGCGUGGGAGUACUGGGUGGUAAAGUGGGAGAUUCCCCGCAAGAUUUUGCACUGCAGUAUCGGAUUCUUUGUCCUGGGGCUGUAUGUCUUUCACGUAGACCUCGCGGCGAUCGUCCGUGUUUUGUUCUAUUUGCUGCUGAUCAUCUCGUCGGCGGACCUGCUGCGUCUCAACGUGCCUGCGUUUGAGCGCAUCUACGAGUCGGUGCUCGGCGCGCUGAUGCGCCCGGGCGAACGGGAGCGCGUCAACGGCGUGGUGUGGUACCUGGUCGGCGUCAUUGCCUCGCUGCACUUUUUCCCGGAGGACAUUGCGUCGAUCUCGAUCAUGAUCCUCUCGUGGUGCGACCCGUGCGCCUCGACGUUCGGUCGCCUGUACGGCCGCAAGACGCCCGCGAUGCCCGCGCCGCUCUUUGCGCGCCGCAAGUCGCUCGCGGGCUUCCUCGCGGCGGUAGUCACCGGCUCGCUGACGACCUACCUCUUUUGGGGCACGCGCGUCGCGGCACUCGGCGAGCGUGCGUCGGGCCUGAGCUGGACGCCGGACGGUGUGGCAACCUUUGGCACGGCGCUCGCGCCGGGGCCGCUGCACUCUGGCUGGGCCGGAUUCGCCCAGGGCUUUGUCGCGCGCGACACGUCGCUCCUGGCCAGGGCCGAGGCGCUGCGUGCGGGCGUGCCGACGAUGCCGCCGGUGCUGCUCUACCUCGUGUGCGGCCUCAUUGCCGGCAUCACCGAGUCGCUCGAUCUCGGGGGCGUCGACGACAACCUCUCGAUCCCGAUUCUGAGUGGACUCGGCAUCUGGGCUACGCUAUGGGCCUGGGGCCUGUAUGCGUAA